CAGGGCACUCGAUUCCGGAAGGGACUGCAGAGUUGUGGCGGCGGUUUCUGUGUUGCUGACUAGCGUUUCUUGUCUCCUGGAGCGGCGCGUUACACGGCAGCAUCAUGGUGGAGGAGGUACAGAAACAUUCUGUGCACACACUUGUGUUCAGGUCAUUGAAGAGAACCCAUGACAUGUUUGUAGCUGAUAAUGGAAAACCUGUGCCUUUGGAUGAAGAGAGCUUCCCGCUGCUCUCAGAGCCUUGCUGAGCUGAAAUUGUACCUGGCCAGUACCUCUACUCCCAUCUUUUCUCUCACAAACGGAAAAUGGCAAUCAAGCUGCGUAAUGAGUAUGGUCCUGUGUUGCAUAUGCCUACUUCAAAAGAAAAUUUUAAAGAGAAAUGUCCUCAGAAUGCAUCGGAUUCAUAUGGUCAUAAACAGUAUCCUGCCAAUCAAGGACAAGAAGUUGAGUAUUUGGUGACAGGUACACAUCCAUAUCCACCAGGACCUGGGGUUGCUUUGACAGCAGAUACUAAGAUCCAAAGAAUGCCAAGUGAAUCAGCCGCACAAUCCUUAGCUGUGGCAUUACCUUCUUCUCAGACCAGGGUUGAUGCAAAUCGUAGUGCACCUACUGGAGGUGAAUACCGACAUCCAGGGGCUUCUGACCGUUCACAGCCUGCAGGGAUGACUUCAGCUGUUAUGGAGGCUGGCAAUGCCAAGAACUCUGCACUGAUGGCUAAAAAAGCCCCUACGAUGCCAAAACCCCAGUGGCACCCACCAUGGAAACUCUACAGGGUGAUCAGUGGGCAUCUUGGCUGGGUUCGCUGUAUUGCUGUAGAACCUGGAAAUCAGUGGUUUGUAACUGGAUCUGCUGACAGAACUAUAAAGAUCUGGGACUUGGCUAGUGGCAAAUUAAAACUGUCAUUAACUGGGCACAUUAGUACAGUGCGUGGUGUGAUAGUAAGCACGCGGAGCCCUUACCUGUUUUCCUGUGGAGAAGACAAACAAGUCAAAUGCUGGGAUCUUGAAUAUAAUAAGGUUAUAAGGCACUAUCAUGGACAUCUAAGUGCAGUGUAUGGUUUGGAUUUGCACCCAACAAUUGAUGUGCUGGUAACCUGUAGUCGGGAUUCAACUGCACGGAUUUGGGAUGUGAGAACUAAAGCCAGUGUACAUACAUUAUCCGGACAUACAAAUGCAGUUGCUACGGUGAGGUGUCAAGCUGCAGAACCACAGAUUAUUACUGGAAGCCAUGAUACUACAAUACGAUUAUGGGACUUGGUGGCUGGAAAAACAAGAGUCACAUUAACAAAUCACAAAAAAUCAGUCAGGGCUGUGGUUUUACAUCCAAGACAUUAUACAUUUGCAUCUGGCUCUCCAGAUAAUAUAAAACAGUGGAAAUUCCCUGAUGGAAGUUUUAUUCAAAAUCUUUCUGGUCAUAAUGCUAUUAUUAACACGUUGACAGUGAAUUCUGAUGGAGUGCUUGUUUCUGGAGCUGACAAUGGCACUAUGCAUCUUUGGGACUGGAGAACUGGCUACAAUUUCCAGAGAGUUCAUGCAGCUGUGCAGCCUGGAUCUUUGGACAGUGAAUCAGGAAUAUUUGCUUGUGCUUUUGAUCAGUCUGAAAGUCGGUUACUAACAGCUGAAGCUGAUAAAACCAUUAAAGUGUAUAAAGAGGAUGAUACAGCAACAGAAGAAACUCAUCCAGUCAGCUGGAAGCCAGAAAUUAUCAAGAGAAAGAGAUUUUAAUAUGGCAUUAUCUUCAUGGUGGUUCCCCCCCCCCCCCUUUUUUUUUUUUCAAAAAAGCGUGGUGUUGAUGAGGAUAUCCAGUCAUUUUGUGCUCUGGCUGGGAAUAUAAAGCAGAAACUCACAUGCUUAAA